AUGCCAGAGCCCAUAACAUAUAAGGUUCAACUGCCUGAAGGAAGCAUGGAAUCUUUGACAACAACCAAUCGUUUCGUCACGCUUAACUGCCGAACACUAUCGAGCGAACUCCAAGAAGCCGCCCUGUCUAGGCUUCUGCGAUAUCUCUGUGUGCCUUUUGCUGUAGUGCAGGAAGCAUGCCCUGUCAUCAGCAUCGGAAAUUUUACCAUAUACUGCGGCGAUGCUGAUGAAAGGCAAGUAAGUGGCUGCGCAAUAGCUGUGAUGAACGAUUACAACAACCUGGUGGAGGAAUUUGGCUCAACAUCGUCUGGAUGCGCCUUUCUACGACUUCGGAAUCGCACGGACCUCGAAUACGUUCUGACGAAGAACAUCCCUUUGUCAGAGAGUUCUUCUCAGCCUCAAGAUACGGUUCCACAAGAGAAACCGAUAAGUUCCUCUUCAACCGAAAAUCGACGUGGCAGAAAGAAAUUGUGUCGUCAACUGGAACAAGAUCGCGAUAAAGAGUGGACGUCAAGAGCGAAGGAGUUUGAAAAAGCAUGCGAGGACAAGGACCCGCACAAAACCUAUGCUUUGCGAAAACAGUGUGGCGUCAAGAUGAAAGGAUGUUCUUCAGCCAUCAACACUUCCAAUGGAGUGGCUGUCGGUGAAGCAACCCUUCCAAUUUGGAGGGAUCAAUUCAAGACCUUACUGAAACGGCAAGCGCCGUCAGUUCCUGAACUUGGGCACGUUGAUAGACCGACAUAUGCGGUUAACGAAGAAUCACCAACCGAGUCGGAGGUUUUGGUCUGUAUCCAAAAGAUGAAAAAUGGAAAAUGUGGUGGAGACGACGGGAUUAGCACAUAA